UUUAGUCGGGGCGUACCUACUUCUGACAAACCGACGUGCAAUAUCUCAAAUGGAGCCACAAUAAUGAUGUGAACGCUCUUCGAAAUUGUCAUUUCAGUCCCCAGAUAUUUAUUAGAUUAAGCUAUUUGGGAGGCGGGGUUCUUGCAAUUUUGUCUUGGUUUAUUCUGGUAGGGACAUUACCACGUCAUCUUUAAUACGUCUUCUUUAUUUGGCCACCAUUAAUUAACAGUUCUUGUUUGUUUGGUAUUUGAAUUUAGGCGUGUUGUACUGACCCUGAAAUUUAUGGAACUGUAGGAAGCGUGUCUGACAUGUUUAGUUCUCUAAGAUUUAGGUAUAGGAAAACAAUUUUCUUCAAAUCCUUCAUGUAAAUUACAUCUGUCUUUUGUUUUCAAGGUAAAUUACAUCUGUCUUUUGUUUACAAGGGAGAAGAAUACAUAGAAGAAAUUAGAGAUGCCAUUAUCUGGACCACCUUGUUCUUUUACUUCGGAUGGAUCUUCAUCUUGUCCUCUGAAUUCUGUGAGAUGGGAUUUGCAAUCGUCCCCUGUAAGAGAUGAAGAACAGCAGAGAUGUGAUAACUGUGAGGGGGUGAUGAAUUGUUGUGUUGAAGGGAAUGUGUUGAGAUGGCCUCUAUCACAGCUUAAAAGGAAGCGUCCACCCAGGCUAGAAAUUCCAUCAGCGGGGCCAUUGUUGCACAUCGAAAACCUAAGUGAGGAGCUGCAGAAGGAAAUGUAUGUUCAAGGCUCCAACUAUUCUGUAGCCUGUAAAAAGGGUUACAGACAAGUUAUGGAAGAUGCUUAUAGCGCUAUUACUGAUAUUUCUCGCUAUUCCGACCAGGCUGCAGAUUUUGCUGCCGAAAGACUCGGCCAAAACAUGAUGGAUGCGUUCAUGGAAGUAAGACAAGAUGAUAACGACAUGGAACAGGCGGUCAGAACAGGUUAUUUGACUACCGACGCAAUUUUUUCUAUGCAAUGUUUAAGCAGCGGGGCUUGUUGUGUGACAGCACUGAUAAGAGGAGGUAACAUGGUAGUGGCCAACGCUGGAGAUUGCCGUGCAGUUCUAAGUAGAGAUGGCAUUGCUGAAGCCCUUACAUAUGACCAUAGAUUGGAAAGGGAAGAUGAGCGCCAACGGAUCACAGAUCUGGGUGGUUAUGUAGAUUGUCACAAUGGUGUGUGGAGAGUACAGGGAAAGUUAGCGGUAUCGAGAAGUAUAGGUGAUAUAGAGAUGAAGAAAUGGGUAACAGCAGAGCCAGAGUUGCAUAAGCUCAGCAUUACGUCUAACUGUGAAUUUUUGAUAUUGGCAUCGGAUGGAUUGUGGGACAAGGUGGGCAAUCAGGAGGCUGUGGACUUGGCAAGGGAUUUCUACACAGAGAAUUCGACAAGCUUCUCAAGUAUAAGGGAAAGUUUAAUAAUGGGCUCAUGCAAAAAACUUGUGGAGGUUGCAGUAAACAGAGGGAGCAAAGAUGACGUAACGGUUCUGAUUGUGGAUCUCACUCAAUUUCGCAGAGAGAGAGAUUGAAGAACGAAAUGGAAAGAAUGUGUAGUAUUUAGUGGAGGCAGUAAAGUUCUCUUUAAGGCUGAAGCCCGGUUUCCAUGGAUGGGCUUCUUAAAAUAUCUCAAGGGAGAUUGUUAGGUUUUAGAAGUUUUCAUAGAUUUUGUAAGGUUGUAAUCUAAUGGAAAAGUUAUAUAAAAUAUGUCAGCAAGUGAUGGUGAAAAUUUUA